GUUUAGAUAAUGCUGGAAAAACAACUUUAUUACAUAUGUUAAAAGAUGAUAGAGUGGCUCAACACGUGCCUACUCUACACCCACACUCAGAAGAAUUGGUUGUGGGAAAAAUAAGAUUUAAAACAUUCGAUUUAGGAGGACAUGAAACAGCUAGGAGAAUAUGGAGAGAUUAUUUUGCUGCUGUAGAUGCUGUAGUUUUUAUGAUUGAUACUACUGACAGAUCACGAUUUGAUGAAGCAAGAGAAGAAUUAAGACAUUUAUUAGAAACAGAAGAAUUAAGCAAUGUUCCAUUUGUUGUUUUAGGUAAUAAAAUUGAUAAACCUGAUGCAGCUAGUGAAGAUGAAUUAAGACAACAUCUUAAUUUAUUUUCAAAUGUAACUGUUCAUAAUAAUAUGAAAGGUGGAUCAGGAGUAAGACCAGUAGAAUUAUUUAUGUGUAGUGUUAUUAGAAGAAUGGGAUAUGCAGCAGCAUUUAAAUGGAUAUCACAAUUUCUAACAUAA